AUGACUCCACCUGCACAAUUGAAGUGCUUGAAUGCGAUCAGGAACUGGUUUUACGACAAGAGGAGAAAGUUUGUUACAUCAAAAUCCCAGGUGUCUUCUUAUAUCUAUUAUAAUCUCAAGCUUCAUAUUGUGAUUGGUCAAGAGUUGGAGGAUUUAUUUCAACCUGGGCUCAACCUAUCAUGGGAUGGUUGGAAGCAGCUCAUGGGGCAGUUUGAUGUCUUCUGCACUAACCUUUUAGUGGAAGUCGGAGCAAUUGAGACAACUGAAAAGACAAUGUCAUUGAAGGACUUUUAUCCUGGAGCAAUUGGAAAUGAGAUGACACUGCAUAUGCAGCAGAAAUUUGAACUUUGGUGUAUCACCUUGAACCAGAUUAGGCAAUGCUUCCCUCUCAGUGUGCCAUAUAUUAUACAGAACCAAAGAUGA